CCAUCAUUCAUGCUAUGAUUUACCAUUUAUCUUUUUUAAAUUGCAUACUUCUUUCAGAGUUGCAGGCAACAAUGUUUCUUCAGAGCUGUUACUACAGUAAUGAGCUGGCGAAAUAUACUAUAGAUUAUUACUUCACAGUGAAGACUUUAUGUCCUGAAAUUUUUGGAAACCGGAAUCCUAGGGAUCCAUUGAUACAACAAGCUAUAAACUGUGUAUUGAUUACGCCUCUUCCAAAAUUGACGCCUCAGGAUGAAUUAGUUAUUUUCAUUAAAAUGAUGGACUUCAACCCAGAUAAUUACAAUUUUGCUACACAAAUCAAGUGUUUCGAUAUGAUUACCCUACUUCAUUUGCACAAAAAUGGGCCUCCAAAGGGUGUUUUGAUAAUUAUGGACAUGAAAGGAGUCGUUUUUGGGCAUUUUCUCAAAAUUGGUGUAGUGGUUAUGAAGAAAUUUUUAUAUUAUCUCCAGGAAGGGAUGCCGAUAAGGUUGAAGAGUUUACAAUUUUUCAAUAUUGUCCCAUUCAUGGAUAAACUAUUGGCCCUAAUGAAACCUUUCAUGAAAAAAGAAUUGUUUGAUUCGAUGGUACUACAUACCGAUUUAGAUUCUGUAUAUAAGUAUAUACCAAGGGAUAAUUUGCCGCAGGAAUACGGUGGAUCUUGUGAAUCUCUGCAGAUUUUACAAGAAAUAUAUAAAGCGCAGAUUAAUGAUAAUGCAGAUUUUUUCAAAUUCCAAGAUUCCCAAGUAGUAAAUGAGUCGAAAAGACCUGGGAAGCCCAAAAGUGUUAGUGAUGUGUUUGGAGUAGAAGGGACCUUCAAAAAAUUGGAAGUUGAUUGAGUAGAAAAUAACUUGUGUGAUUGUAAAAUGAUUUUUUAUAAUGUAUAUGAAUAUGUUUUUAAAUUGGAUUUGUAAUUCGAUAUACAUGUACUUACAUAUCAAUAUAACGAAGUAUUUUGGUGUUAUACGAGUAUAAAUAUAUUAUUUCUAUUUCCGUAAAAUCCGA